CUGGUAUAGAAAGUAAUGAUUCAUCAGCUGAUGUAAAAGAUAAUAAUAAUGCAUCAGCUGGUACAGAAAAUAAUGAUUCAUCGGCUGGUGCAAAAGAUAAUGAUAAUAUGUUAGCUAAUGAUUUGAAAAUAGAACCGUUAAAUUAUGAAAUAAACAAUAAAGAAAUAAUAUUAAAAGAAGAAAGUAUAAGCGAUAAAAUUCAAGAUGAUGAUAAUCAUAAUUUUAAUCAAAAAUUACAAAAAUUAGAACAAAUUCUUUCUAGUUAUAAUAAAAAACAAAAUAUAUAUGAUUAUCUAAGCAAGUGA